CAGGUUUAACCAACCAACCAACGUUUGGUUAAACCCUCUCUGACUAUGUCUUUCUUUCAGUGACAGCAGCACAUCUUUUCACAUGUUGGAGCUGAUAAUAACGUGAGUGAUGUCCAACUAUGUUUGGAAUCUUAUCUGCAGGCGUCCUCAUUGAAGAUGGUCUAAGAAGAACUGCAAAGCCUCUGGGGCACAACACGACAGAGACGGCAUAGAGAAACCUGCGCACAACAGACAGCACAAGCAAGCAUUCAUCAGCAGAUAAAAGUUGUUAGUGGUUCUAUAGCUACCUGCAUUCAAUAUGGAGAAAACAACGAUGAAAAAUGACAAAGCACUAAAAGACCAAAAUGGACUUCAAACUAUCGUUGUUCGUGAGUUCGAACCAGCAGACGAACCACAUGUCCAGCGGAUCUUUUAUGAAGGGCUCAUGGAGAUGAUACCGGAUACUGCCUUUAGAGGCUUAAGACACCACCUUGAGAGCCUCCUGCUUUAUACCGCUAUGACAGUUUUAUGUUUUGUCAUCACCAUGUGUUGGUGGGUGAUAGGACUCCUCCCUGCAAUUGUGCUGUGUGGGCGCUAUUUCUACAGCAGACGUGUGAUUCAUGGUUACCUGGAGCAUGCCAUGAACGGAGAUAUGGGAGACAUUGAAGGCUUUUACAUGAAAUCAUCAGACUCUUGUCUGUGGGUAGCAGUGCUGGAAGGCAAAGUGGUGGGUGUUGUAGCAGCAGUCGGCCAGCAGAAGUCAGGAGGUGCUGUCGAGUUGAAGCGGAUGUCUGUUGACUGGAGCAGUCGGCAGCGUGGAGUUGGCGCGGCGCUGGGACGAAAGGUCCUGGAGUUUGCUGUCACUCACAGAUACUCCUUUGUUGUUCUGGGAACCACGGCGUAUACACAAGCUCCCCAUCAGCUCUACCAGCGUCUGGGCUUUCGCUGUGUGGGGGUCACCAAUGGGUACGUCACUCCUGGUGCCAAUACGUCCUUCCUGGAACAAAUUUUCUACAGGGUCCGCCAUCAUCACUACAGCCUUCAUGUGCAAAAUAGCAAGAUCGCUUCAAAGGGACACUGACUUUAGUGGGAGUGCAGACGACUAAUCUGAUGUGAAUAUUCAAGACGGUCUGCAUCAGAGAAAUAACAGCCUCGGGUUUAUGUUUAAAUGCUUAUGUUUUCCUAGAAAGCAACCUACGUGGAUAACCUUUCAAAGAUUUUGAAGCACCACUAAACCUGUAAGGGAAUUUGGCAUGGCUGUCUCUGACAAUACAACUAUUUACUUCUGUCUCCUUCAGUCAAUUAUGGUUUUAACCAUGACAAUGACCCACCCCUUAAUAAAGCAGCUUUAUUUACCUAAACUUAAUCAAACUUUAAUUAUACAGUUGGCUGAUCAGAAAAAUCAUAGAGAUGUUUUUUGGGGGUAGUUUUUGACAAAUUAUCUCACCUGGCCCACAGUGCUGCUGUAUCACAGCAUGAUCAUAUGGGUCAGACAAAGAAACCACCUAUUUUUUAAGUUUAGUAUAAAUUGACAACUAUUUAAAAUUCAUUCAUGGGGUUUAUUCAUUUUACAUUUGCUUUAUUUGAUUACAGACCAAAAAGGUCAAACACAUUUUAGAAUUCAUCAUAAACUGUAGGCUACAGCAACAUUAAUAUGCAUAUUUAAAACAAUAAAUAAACAACAUAAAUCUACUGUACAUGCCUAUGGCUGUACAGGGAGGUAUUAAACUAUUUAAUUACUGAUGUCUGUGAUUAUCUCUGAUGCUAUAUGUACUUUUGUUUUUGUUGGGUUGAUAUUUAUUUCGUUGUUUCUUCUGUACUUGGGUCUUUCUUGCAAAAUGAGAUUACUUGAUCAAAUAAAGGGUAUACAACUGCAUAUAGCGUUGUAUGUCUAUAAAGUUGGGGCACCCACAGGACACAAAGCUGCAGAUGUGAAAGAAGAUUCUCACAGCCUCCAUAUCCCAUAAUGCAACUCGAUAACAUCUUUAUUCAUUAGACAUAUCAUUCUUCGUUCAUUCUUCAUCGGACUCAUCUUCCUCCUCAGUGCCCACUUCCUUCAAACGUCAUACCUCAUAUUUGUACGGUAGGAGUUCUUUAUAGUCUGACAUCUUCAGGGUUAUUUUUUGUUUCAAACUUUGAAAAGCUCCCUUCAGAACCACAGAUGGCAUUAUAUAAGUGUUUUACCGGCUGAGUAGUACUGAACUACUUGUGAUGAGUAAACUGAUCUUCAUGUUUAAAAUUGGUGAAGUGCCCCUUUAAACCACUGGAUAAUUUCAAAAAAUGAAUCUCUGAUGUGCAUGCCUUUGCUCAUUCAUACGGCCCUGCAGGCUUUCUAAUUCAAGCCUUUACUCUGUCAUCAGUGUAACAGUAAAAUUAAUCAGCAUUUUUUUUUUUUUUUUAUCUCUGGGUGAACCACAGGGCUUUCUGUAUACUCAGUGAAGUGGUCGUGUGUGUUGUAUUCUUUUUGAGCUGUCAACUGAUCUUGAAAACAGAACUGCUCAGAUGAGAUAACAGAAGGGUGUUGCAGUUGAUCCCAGCUCUGUCAGGACUCACUUCCUCUUUGUUUGUUUUCCGUUGACUUACUCAGCGGUAAGACAUGUCAGCUCAGCAGCAGUGGGAAAGUGUAUGUUAGUAUAACAACCCGCUGUAUACAAGACAUACAUAACAGGCCAGGACAGUUUUCACACACCCUCCUUCUUCAGGGCAGCUGUGUAUUCAUUCAGGAUAUGGAGUUUGCAAUACAUGUAACAAAGAAAAUCGUUUAGGUUGUUAUUUUAAACAUCGGUAUUGGCCCAGAAUUUUGUUCGGUCAUGUAGAGAAUGCUGAUUAGCCAUACCAACAUGUGCUUCCACAUUUUACUCAGGAACCUGACUAAGCAUGUGUUAUGGGAAUUUUAAAGAAGAACCCUUGAAUAAGGAAGACUGGAUUCAAAGUAUCAAAGUUUAAGUUGAAUUCAUUAUUCUUGUACAAGAAGGAGC